AGUUAAUCAAUAAUUAAUUAAUUAAUCCCACGACAUAAACCACAUGGCGGUUAAUUAUUUAUUAUAAACUCCCGCAAAAACAAUUUCGUUUAAUCUUGCCACACGCAAACAAAACAACAGAUCCAAAAUCCCUAAAACCAUUUUCUCACACUUUCCUUCCAUUUUCCCUCACUUUCUCAGUCAAGAAACUUCACCGGAAAAACAAACAACUCAAAGAUGAGGAAUUAUCAACUAUACGGAAAAACCGAUUUGGAGAGCGGCGGCGCAAGGCCUCUUUAUCCGAUGAUGCUCGAAAGCCCCGAACUCCGGUGGUCUUUCAUCCGGAAAGUCUACGUCAUCAUCGCCAUCCAGUUACUCGCCACCAUCGCUGUCGGCGCCGUCGUUGUCACCGUUCGUCCCAUUUCCGUCUUCUUCGCUACUACCGGCGCUGGAUUGGCUCUUUACAUCGUUCUCAUCUUUGUCCCUUUUAUCACGUUGUGCCCUCUUUACUCUUAUUAUCAGAAGCAUCCUGUUAAUUACAUUCUCCUAGCGAUUUUCACUCUUUCUCUUUCCUUUGUUAUUGGAUUGAGUUGUGCUUUCACUAGCGAGAAAGUAAUUCUGGAAGCUGUUAUAUUGACUGCUGUGGUGGUGAUCGCGUUGACUCUUUACACAUUUUGGGCUGCAAGUAGAGGCUAUGAUUUCAACUUCCUUGGCCCCUUCUUGUUCGGUGCUAUCCUAGUUCUUAUGGUCUUUGGGCUGAUCCAGGUUUUCUUUCCAUUGGGCAAGCUAUCUACAAUGAUCUAUGGUUGCUUGGCAGCAAUUAUAUUCUGUGGCUACAUCCUAUAUGAUACAGAUAACCUGAUCAAGAGAUACUCCUACGACGAGUUCAUUUGGGCUUCUGUCUCGUUGUAUUUGGACAUCAUCAACCUUUUCCUGUCUCUGCUCACUAUUUUCAGAGCUGCUGAUAGUUGAAAUCCUUGUAUUCCUUGGUACAUACUAGUUUUCUGUGGGGUGGUGGGUGGUUUUUGAAAACAAUUUCUUAUCUGGUAAUAAAUAUUUCUGUGGCUUCCUGGUUACCCCUGUUUCUAGACGUUUGUACUGGAUUAUUACUGUUAAUGCUGUUAAUACAUACUGUAGUUGACUAAAGAAUUUAUUUUGAAUUGUAAAUACUUGAACAUUGUUCCCUUGAUUCACGUGUUCUUUAGUAUGUUGUGAUUUUUAGUUGAUA